UUUCCUUGUGGGAGGAGCGUCAGAGUCCGAAGGAAUUGUGGCAGUUAGCUGCGGAGCUGCAAGAUGGGCCAUCCCGUGACAACAGGUGCCUUGAUGGCAGCAGGCGUGGUGAUCCUGUCCACGCUGGGAUACUUUCUUGGAAGCUACUUUCUGUCACGAAGAAAGGCUCAGGUGACUUUGAUGGACCCUGCAGUGAAGUACCUGCUGCGACUUAUUGACAAAGAGGUUGUUAAUCACAACACUAGGAGGUUUCGAUUUGCCCUGCCUUCCCCAAAACACAUUCUAGGACUGCCUGUUGGCAAACAUGUGUACCUGUCGGCACGGAUCAAUGGAGAUCUUGUAGUACGACCCUACACCCCGGUGUCCAGCGAUGAUGAUUUGGGGUUUGUUGACCUAGUAAUAAAGAUCUACUUCAAAAAUAAACACCCCAGCUUCCCAGAAGGAGGCAAGAUGUCACAAUAUUUAGAGAGCCUGAAAGUUGGUGAUAUGGUUGACUUCCGAGGACCAGGAGGUCUGCUAGAGUACAAAGGCAAAGGGGACUUUAUCUUGCAGUCUGACAAGAAGUUGCCUGGUGAGAGAAGGUCUGUUAGAUCUUUGGGCAUGAUCGCUGGUGGAACUGGAAUCACUCCGAUGCUUCAGCUGAUCCGUGCGAUAUUGAAAGACCCAGAAGACAAAACCCACUGUUCUCUACUAUUUGCUAAUCAGACUCAGAAUGACAUCCUGUUACGUGAUGAGCUGGAAGAGCUUCAAGUUCGACACCCCAAUCGUUUUAAACUUUGGUUCACUGUGGACAAUGCCCAGGGAGGUAAGCAUUUAGAAUGAGAAAAGACAUUGAGA